AUGCACAUACAGUGGUUGGUAGCCUAUGGAAAUGAUGAGGAAGAGGCAGCAAAGGCUCUCAAACGUCAUCUGAACAUUCGCAAGACUAUCGACCUGAAUUCAUUUGUUGAAAAAGUCGAACUAGAAGAAGAUGAACUGAACAAGUAUGUCCCAAUUGAUGUGAUUGGACAAAAUCAUCCCGAUGAUAACAAAGUUUUGAUGUUCGAAAGAACUGGGAAGAUUGAUAUAAGUGGAUUGGUGGACAAUGUUUUGAUGCACAAGUUCAUGCAAAUCAAGCUGAAGAUGAUGGAGAGUGUCCAUCAAAAAGUGGUAGCGGCGGAACGAAAAACGGGACGUCAAAGUGGCGGAUUGUUUGUGAUGGAUUUGGAUGGAAUCUCAUUUAGCACUAAACUUAUCUCAGUUCUCACUGGACCCUACCGUAUCAUGUGGGGAACACUUUUCGAUCAUUAUCCACAACUCCUUCAGAAGAUUAUAAUAGUAAAUGCUCCAUCAUUUGUGAAUGUGCUCCAUUCUGCAUGCUCUCCUUUCCUUCCGGAUGAUUAUAAGGAAAAAAUUGUGAUCACUUCGGAGUCGGCAAUCGACGCAAUUCAGAAGCACGUCGAUAAAAGUUUCCUUCCUUCCGAUUUGGGAGGUGAACUCCCUCGGAAGACGUCUCUUCCAUCUGCCCCAUUCCCAAAAACCAAUAAGAAAGAGGAAAAAGAGAAAGUCAAUCUGGUAGCUAUUAGUGUUCCAGCUGGAAAGUAUGUCGUUCAAAAAUUCGAAUGGAAGAAGGGACAGGAAAUUGAAUUCUUCCUUCAUAAUGAGAGCUCUUUCCACUAUUUCAUGUUUCAUAGCGAGGAUGAUACGAGAGAUAUGAAUUCAUGGCGUGAGAUGACUGUCGGCUGCGAGAGACCUGCUCUCUCGCAAGUUGACUCGUGGAAAUAUACUGUUCCAUCGAAUGGAUUCUACUUCAUCCGAUACGGAAAUCAUAACUCCUGGUAUUUCUCCACAACUGUCAAUACAAAUCACUUUAUUUACAACGAGAAUGGCGAGAAAAUUGCGUUGACUCCAAUCGAAAUAUUCAAUAUUUAG